AACGAUGCCCUCAGCGAAGCUGUAUCAGUUCCCACAGAAGCGAUCUUACUUAACACGCUGGGCAAGUACGAAUGAAAGAAGUAAACAACUUUGUUAGUAUAGUUUAGACAUGGCUUGCAAAAAAAUAGGCAGUUUAAGUAACGCAAUGUGGCAAAGAAGCACCACUUGCAGAGUUUCGCUGUGCGCAGGAUUGAAUAUUCCUGCUUUUGCUUGUGGAAGCUUCGCCUCGGCUGGUGCAACAAUGAACGGACAGAACUGCUGCAAAGAUGGACACAACUGUGGGCCGACGAGAAAUUUAGCAGCUAAUCAUAACCCUGUUGCAGCCGCAGUCACAUCACACAGACACCAGAUCGUGGGCAAAAAUAGAGGCGAAGAAUCUCUUAACAAAUCUGGCAGGGCUUUCUCAUCCACGGCCCCACAGAUCAACAAUAAAACCUACUUGUGGGCGAGAUACAAUGAGAUGAAACGGCUCGUGCACGAUUUGAUUCCUCCUGGGGUGUGCAAUCUUUUGAACCCUUCCACCAUCUAUGCAAACAAUGAGGUGAAUCUGGAAGAGGUGGACAUCUACGGCUUUGACUAUGAUUACACGCUCGCGCUCUAUUCCAGCGCGCUGGACGAGAUGAUAUACAACAAGGCGCGAGAGUUUCUCGUCCAGCACUACAAGGUCCGAGAAAGACAUAAUGGACGAAUUCUGUCUUUUCAGGAUGCAAUUGGAAUGGUGCAUAUCAAGGGUUACAUGUACAAAUGGAUCAUGCAAGAUCUUGAGAAAUACAUUCUCAGAGGAGACGAAACAUACGCUGUGUUGCACCGGCUGGCCAGUCAUGGGAAGAAGCUUUUCCUGAUUACCAACAGCCCCUUCAGCUUUGUUGAUAAAGGCAUGAAGUACAUGGUUGGAAAGGAGUGGAGGGACUUCUUUGACGUUGUCAUUGUUCAAGCUGACAAACCUCAUUUUUUUAAUGACUGCUUAAAACCAUUUAGACGUUUGGACAGCAAUGGAGACUUACAGUGGGAUAGAAUCAAGAGUCUGGAUAAGGGACAGAUCUAUAAACAGGGAAACCUUGUGGAUUUUCUGAAGCUAACAGGAUGGCGAGGAUCCAAGGUUUUCUAUUUUGGAGAUCAUCUCUACAGUGACUUGGCAGACCUGAUGCUGCGUCAUGGGUGGAGGACGGGAGCGAUCGUGCCUGAACUUGAGGUAGAGACGAAGGUGGUGAACACUGAGCAGUACGCUCAAAGUCUCACGUGGUUGCAGGCGCUCACCGGACUGCUGGAGCGCAUGCAGAUGUAUCGGGAGCCUGAGUCCAAGGAGGUUCUGCAGGAGUGGCUGAAAGAGAGAGAGGAGCUACGGGCAGUCACCAAGAACCUCUUCAACCCUCACUUUGGCAGCAUAUUCCGUACCUGCCACAACCCCACCUACUUUUCCCGCCGCCUGUGCCGUUUCUCAGACCUCUACAUGGCCUCUAUCAGCUGCCUGCUGAACUACGACCUCUCAUACACCUUUUACCCUCGCCGAACGCCCUUGCAGCACGAAGCCCCCCUCUGGAUGGACCAGCUCUGCACUGGCUGCAUGAAGACACCCUUCUUAGAAGAGAUGGCCCAUAUUCGUUAAAACCGCCAAAGGUUUAAUGUGCAAAUAUGAACUGAAUAGUGAAAUGAGGGGUGUGUGUUUGUGUCUCUAUCUAUAGCAUUGGAGACGUGGCACUUUUUGCAUGAACGCCACAUACAAUGGGGCCACCUGCUGGAUGUUAUGUUGCAAUGCGUCUCAAUGUUCUCAAGCCUUGGACAGCUAAAGACGGGCUUGUUGAUGAACUUAUCCUUGUGUUCUUAUCUCUAACUUUUUUACAUUUGAUGCUGUUGCAUUACGUCUUACUAAUCAUAUUUAGAUGCUAAGUGGUUUACAGUUCUCUCUUUUUUUAGUUUUGUAGAUUAAACCUGUAUGUCAUGAGUUUUGUAGUUGCAACAGGGUGAUGUUUGUAUUAACAUGAAUCAUGAUAGCAGGAGGAGUGAAACUAUACUUGGAGUACCCAGACUUUGUUUACUCUGGUAGGCCAAAGUAUUAAGCCGCUGGCCAAAAAUGCACAAUAUGAGUUACAAAUACAGUAGGUCUGAUUACAAGUGCGAUUAGGUCAAAUAGCUUCAUAGAUUGGUGUUUUAAUGUUACUUACCUUCCCCACACUACAUUAAUCAUGUAGCCAAGCCUCAUAAAAGUUUAAAUAUGUGCAAGUAAUACCAGUCUCCACAGCUUAUUAUUUAGUAGAGAAAUUAUAAUGUUUUUUAAAUGACAGCUGUAUUUACAUACUUGGAAGCUCCUGGAGGGCCAAACCAAAUGCUGUUGUUAUUUUUGACCUUGCAAGCCCUCACUGUUUGUGGCUUUAGACUAAGCUUCUGUACAAUCAGAGCAUUGUUUGCUUACAGUUAAAUCUGUGAAUAGCUAUGCUGCUAAAUUCAGUUUUCCAGGAACAAGAAAGAUCUCAUCUUUUGUAUGUACUUAGUCUACAAUUUAAAAAAUCUAAUAAAAGGCUUUGUCUUAA